AUGGAUUUGAACGCAUCACCGUUGCCCGAGGACGAUGACCAUGAAGAGCCAGUUGAGCUUGAUUUUGGACAGGACGAUGAAGAUCAUGUCGAGUCUGCUGUUGAGAUUAUGAGAAGGGAACGAGAAGAACGACGCAGAAAGUUGAAGAGAGAUCAGCCAGAUGAUGGACUAAGGCCGCGGCCACAGCAGGUUAGGAAUGAUCAUGUGACCCAAAACAAGAUUGGCGGAUACAAACGAGUUAAAGAGACACCUCAGGGUUGGUUGGAUUGCCCUGCAUCUGGUCAACCAAUAGACAAAAUCAUACCUUCUAAAGUUCCGCUGGAUGAAACAUUCAAUGAGUCGAUUCCUCCUGGAAAAAGAUAUUCUUCCAAACAAGUUGUUAAUAAACAAAGAAAGGCUGGCAGGGACAUAGGUUUGGUGAUUGACUUGACAAAUACCUCUCGGUACUAUUCGCCAGCAGAGUGGACGAAGCAAGGUACUAAACAUGUCAAGAUAGCUUGCAGGGGGAGAGAUGCUGUACCAGAAAAUGAAGCUGUUAACACAUUUGUGUAUGAGGUGUUGGCGUUUCAUGAGCGCCAGAAGCCAUCAAGGAAUCCCAAAUAUGUACUUGUUCACUGUACUCAUGGGCAUAACCGUACUGGUUUUAUGAUUGUUCAUUACCUAAUGCGCACACAACUGUCUAGUGUUACUGAGGCUUUAAAUAUAUUUGCUCAAAGACGGCCUCCAGGAAUAUAUAAAACCGACUACAUUCAAGCACUAUAUACAUUUUAUCAUGAAAUUCCUGAAAGUAUCACAUGUCCACCGACACCGGAAUGGAAGAGGCCUUCUGAUCUUGAUUUGAAUGGUGAAGCUAAGCAGGAUGACGAUGACGACAAUGGCGAGCCUGCACCAUCACCGGAUCCUGUAGAUGACAAGGCCAUUACUAAUGAUGAUGUCCUAGGGGAUGCUGUACCUUUUGACCAGCAAGAUAUCUUGCGUGGCAUAUGUUUCAAGUUACUUGAUUUUGUACCCAAUGGUAGAGCUAAUGCUCAAUUUCCAGGAUCUCAUCCAGUUUCCCUCAACAGUGAAAACCUGCAACUUCUGAGACAAAGAUAUUAUUAUGCUACGUGGAAAGCUGAUGGAACACGAUACAUGAUGCUUAUAAUGCGGGAUGGCUGUUUCUUAAUAGACCGGAACUUCUGCUUUAGAAGAGUUCAGAUGCGUUUUCCUAUUAGGAAUGUUAACGAUGGUUUCCACAACUUUACAUUGAUCGAUGGAGAAAUGGUUGUAGACGCCAUACCAGGUGGUGGAUUGAAGCGGAGGUACUUAGCGUAUGAUCUAAUGGCAAUUAAUUUCUCCUCCAAAGUCAAGUUGCCCUUUUCUGACAGGUGGAAGCUACUUGAGGAUGAAAUAAUUCGUCCACGCAUCUAUGAGAGAAAGCAGUUUGAAACUGGUCUGAAAGGCAAUCCAUCAUACAGAUAUGACCUGGAACUUUUUUCGGUAAGGAGAAAGGAUUUUUGGCUGCUUUCCACGGUGAAGAAAUUACUCAAGGAGUUUAUUCCAGCACUUUCACAUGAAUCUGAUGGGCUUAUAUUUCAGGGCUGGGAUGAUCCAUACGUGAAUCGUACGCACGAAGGUCUUUUAAAAUGGAAGUACCCAGAGAUGAAUUCAGUUGACUUUUUGUUUGAGACUGGUAGUGAAAACCGUCAGCUUAUUUUUCUGUAUGAGAGGGGCAAAAAGAAACUUAUGGAUGGUACCCGGGUGGUAUUUGCUGAUGAUGUAGAGCCAUCUUCAAUAUCAGGGAAAAUUGUUGAGUGCUCUUGGAAUAAACAGGAGGACUGCUGGUUCUGCAUGCGAAUCCGAGCAGAUAAAUCAACUCCUAAUGAUAUCAAUACUUACAGAAAGGUGAUGAGGAGCAUCACAGAUAACAUUACUGAAGACAAGCUCCUGGGCGAGAUGAAUGAGAUCAGUAGCCUUCCAAUGUACGCCGACAGGAAGGCCCACGCUGACAGGAAGGCCCACGCCGAGAAGAUGGCUCACCAGCACAGAAGGAGGGGAUAA